AUGGGUAAUUUGACAUUGAGGGGUAUCGGGAGCAAGAUUUCCCAAGAAACCUGGGGGACCACUCUUGUCCCUCGAGACACGUCACUCGGUCGACUCACCGUCGAUGUCAACGCCCACGAGUCCGGUAUCACCCGUCAUGGCUCACCGCCGGACCAAACCACUGAAGGAAUCCACCGUCUGGUAUCCCUCACCGGAAACUGGCCAAAGCCUGACUUGUCUUUAACACAUGUGACAAUAAGAGCAGUGCAAUUUCAGCCUUCCAAGCUGAAGGUCGGGGUUCGAUUCCCCGUUGACGCAUUUGAUUAUCUUACUUUCGUUUUGUCGUUUGCGAUUGUUGUUUUGUCGUUCCCGAUCUGGGUUGGUCUUCCUUUUACUAUAACAAAUCAUUAUACUGCGGUUAAUGCUAAGGAAGAUAUUACUGCGCAUAAAGAAGUACUGCGGUUAACUAUCUUCAGAUUUUACAGAUUCAUCAAAAUAAUGUCCAACAGUUUUCGAUCUGAGUUGUUCUUCCAAUGCUAUAACACAGCCAAAAUUGGUCAAACCCACUGGGAAUUAAAAUCUCUGUUUUUUGAAAAGGUUGACAAAAAGCAAAUUGACCACCUAAAAUUAAAUCUCCUGAUAGACAAAAUAAACGUAGAUUGCAUUUGA